GACACAGAGUGAAAGAGAAAGAAGAAUGGAGAUGGAAGUGGGAGUGGCUACUCCGGUGGUGGACUUCAACUUCGAUAGUAACUGCUCCUCACCAUACAUGACUGCUCCUUCAAGUCCUCAACGCUUUGCCAACUUCUUCUUCAGUGCCCCAACCAGCCCUAACCGUAGUGUUUCCUCUUUCUUCAACCACUUCGCUUCUUCUUCAUCUUCAUCUUCCUCUGUUCCUUUCCACUGGGAACAAAAACCCGGUGUCCCCAAAUCCAAUGCUCUACCUGACCACAACAACAACAACGAUGAUGAUGAUAAUGGUAAUGAUUUCGAAUUCAAUUUCGGUGCCCAACUCGAAAGAGCUUCUCUCUCCGCCGAAGAGCUCUUCGACGGCGGAAAGAUCCGCCCCCUGAAGCCACCGCCCCGGUUGCAAUCCGGCGACGGAACAUUUUCUCCGGCGACCACCGCGUCGUCUCCGAGGUCGAGAAUCUCGCAGGGAAAGAAAAUGGUUCAGGAGGCAUUUUCUCCGCGCCAUCAUCAGAAGAGAGAUUUCGACCCGUUUGAAGCAGCAAUGGAAGAAACUCGUAAAAGGGAAGAACAACCGCAACAACAACAACAACAGAAGCGAGGGAGAGAGAGGUUUUCGUCUUCGUCAUCUGGUCGGAAAGGAAGCAGGUCCUUGUCCCCUUUGAGGGUGUCCGACAUCAUGUGUGAUUCCGACGACAAAGGUGGUGUUUCUUCGUCGACAAGCAACCCGAAAUCCUCUUCUUCCUCGUUCUUGUCAUCGAUUCCGUUCAUCAAAGGGUAUCGGAAAUGGAGGCUUGGAGAUUUUUUACUGUUCAGGAGCGCUUCGGAGGGAAGAGCCACCGACAAGGACCCUUUGAGGAAGUACAUGGUUCUGUCCAAAAAGGCUGCGGAAGAUGAUCUCAAAAACUCUAGUUUCCGGUCCACCGAAAGUUCCGGUUCAGUUUCAAGACGGAGAGGACCGGUUUCGGCUCAUGAAUUGCAUUACACGCUGAACCGUGCUGCUUCCGAGGAGAUGAAGAAGAAGACUUUCUUGCCUUAUAAGCACGGAUUGUUAGGGUGCUUGGGCUUCAAUCAUAGUAUGCAUGACAUUUCUAGGGGAAUUGGGUCUUUGACACGUUCUUAA